AUGUAUCACCAGGUUUUAGUUCCAGAAGAGGACCAGGAUGCCUUCCGAUUUUUGUACCGGUCACCAAACAGCACGACAUCCCCGCUCACCUACAGGAUGACAGUCCAUGUCUUUGGGGCCGUCUCGUCGCCAUCAACUUGUUUGUUUGCCUUAAACAAAACAGCUGAAGACCACAAGACGAAAUUUCCAGAUGCAGCUGUCAGCGUAAAAACAAGCUUCUAUGUCGACAACUAUCUGGAUUCGUUCGAGUCGGAAGACGAGGCAAUCAAACGGGCCCGCCAGCUAAAAGAAUUGUUGCAGCUGGGGGGUUUUAAUCUCACCAAGUGGUCGUCGUCGUCAAGAAAGGUCCUGACAGCGCUCAAACCUUUAGGCUUAGCCAAUCCAAAACUAGAUUUAGACCUGGACAAAUUGCCUAUGGAUCGAGCUCUAGGGAUUCUUUGGGACAGUGAAAUCGACGCGUUCACGUUCAAGGUGGGAGAAAAGGUCCAGUCACACACCACACCUACGAAAAGAAAUCUCGUGCUAAUUCAAGAAGUAUGGCGAGCUAAGCUAGACUGGGAUGAAGAGUUGCCCGAACCUAUGAAAUGCCAAUUCCAAAAGUGGUGUCAAAGCUUGUCGAACCUAGCAAGCAUCACAGUUCCGCGAUGCUUAGUAAACGAAGAGCGCCCAACAACACAGCAAGUACACAUCUUUGCCGACGCCAGUCAACUAGGUUUUGGAGCAGUUGCGUACGCGAGAACAACGUACGCCAGUGAAAGGAUCGACGUGUCUUUUAUCAUAGCCAAAACGCACGUCGCACCGUUGAAACAGCUCUCGAUCCCUCGGCUUGAACUCCAAGGAGCCGUCGAAGCGUUACACUUGGCCAUACUGAUUUGCCAUGAGAUGAACCUGGAUCUGAGCCAAAUCACGUUUCACGUCGACUCCCAAACCGUUCUUCGAUGGAUCCAUUCUGCAAACGUCAAAUACGAAGUGUUUGUGGGCAACAGAAUCGGAAAGAUUCUAAUGAACACCGACUUUCGGCAAUGGCGUCACGUCCCAGGAGUCAUGAACCCAGCAGACGUUUGCAGCAGAGGAUUGGAUCCCAGCAACCUCAAGGAAUUGCAGCAGUUCCAUCAAGGACCAGCCUUCCUGUUGUUGGAACCCCCAUCAUGGCCAAAGUGGGACCAGAUUGAUCAAGAUGACCAUCAAGAUCCCGAAGCCAUUCACGUCUACAAAGUGAAAACGGAGCCCAGUGACAAUGUGAUCGACCAGUGCGUGGAAUAUUAUUCGAACAAAGUGCGCCUGGAACGAGUGCUUGCAUGGUGUUUGCGGUUUAUUGCAAACUGUUGUGCCAAAGGGAAAGAGCUGCCAAACCGGUCAAAACUCAAGCAGUUUCGACCAUUCAUCGAUGAACAACACCUGAUGCGAGUGGGCGGGCGAAUUGGACAAGCACCUAUUGACUACGUCACAAGACACCCAGUGAUUUUACCUCCAGAGGAACGCAUCACAAGCCUGAUCGUCUGGGAUGCUCACGUUCGAAAUUACCACAUGAAGGCCGACCGCCUAUUGUGCGAACUUCGAAAAAUGUAUUGGAUAACCUCUGGACGAAGGACAAUCAAGUCUAUACUCAACAAGUGCAUUCCCUGCAAGCGGAGAGAUGCACAACCAGUUGCACCACUCAUGGCUCAGCUACCAGUCCAUCGCAUGACGCCGUUCUUGCCUCCAUUCGCCCAUACAGGAGUCGACUAUUUUGGUCCACUGACUGUCAAAGUAGGAGGGAGAGGGCGACGACACGAGAAAAGGUGGAUUUGCCUUUUUACGUGUCUCACAACCCGAGCAGUCCAUCUAGAAGUGACUGCAAGCCUCAGCGCCGAGGCAUUCUUAAUGGCCUUUUCCCGAUUCUCCAGCAUGAGGGGAAAGCCAGUCGUUGUAUAUAGCGACAACGGCACAAAUUUUGUAGCUGGAGAAAAGGAGUUGAACGAGGCAGUUGAAGAAUUGAACAACAGCAAAAACUACCUGGAAGCACAAUUCACUUGUCGACACAUCGAGUGGCGUUUCUCUCCGCCAAGUGGACCUCACUUCGGGGGAGUGUGGGAGAGGCUCAUGCAAUCGUGCAAAAGAGCUAUGAAAGUGACCCUCGGAAAUAGUGUCGUCAGUGAUCAAGUUUUAAAUACUGUUGUGGCUGAAAUCGGGGCAUUGCUUAAUGCUCGACCGCUGACUCAUCUCAGCGUAAAUCCCGAAGAUCCAGACCCUCUCACUCCAAAUCAUUUUUUACACGCAAGACCAAUGCCGUACAUCCCGCUAGCAUUCGUCGAUCUUGAUAACACGAGCAUCUCAAAGAACCAGUUUGCACAAAGUCAACUUAUCGUCAACCACUACUGGAAAAGAUGGAUCACUGAAUGUCUACCGUACCUCACCGAAAGGAGAAAAUGGGCCAAGAGUCACAAAAAUAUCGAAGUGGACGAUAUUGUACUUGUUGUCAAUCCAUUAAACCCUCGGGGGCAGUGGCCAUUGGGAAAGGUAGUCGAAAUUUUACCUAGCACGUCCGAUAAUGUAGUACGUGUAGCUAAAAUAAAAAUUUCCGGCGCAAAAAAUACCUUGACUCGUCCUGUGACUAGAUUAUGCCUGCUGUUAGCGCAAAAUGAAAUGACACUUGAAACUAGUCAUACGCCUUCACUGCCAAACUCGCUUAAACGUGAAGAAAAGGGAGAAAAAAUCCAUCCAAUUACCGUAAUCGAAAAUUAA